CCUCUGUGUGUCCGCGCAGAGGGCGUGGGCCAAGUGAUGAGCCCACGGAAAAGUUUUCUUUCUGAAAGCAUGACAUUGAGAGGCAAUCGAAGAAAAGCAAAACGGCACUGGCGUCUUUGUGUCUUCCAGAGUACUUCAGUGAGUCACCGGUUACGGGAGGACAAGCAAAAUCUAACGUUCUGAGUGUUUAAAAGAAGAGCGUCCCCUGCAUCAGCCUGAUUCCAGACCUGCGGCUCCAUGGCGGCCUUCCUACCCCUGCUGGCUCUGCUCUUCUUGGGGGCCCGGGCCCAGCAUGGCUCCCAGUGGACCUACUCAGAGGGGGCACUGGACCAAACACAGUGGUCGAAGGAGUACCCCAGCUGCGGGGGGAGGAGACAGUCACCCAUCGACCUGCAGAGGAGAAACGUUCAGUACAACCCCUCCCUGAAGGCUCUGAAACUGACAGGCUACAAGUCCCGGGGGGGCCAGUUCCCCAUGACCAACAACGGCCACACAGUGCAGAUCAGCCUGCCCCCCACCAUGCGCAUGACGGCCGCCGAUGGCACCGAGUACAUAGCCAAGCAGAUGCACUUUCACUGGGGCGGUGAGUCCUCAGAGAUCAGCGGCUCCGAGCACACCAUCGAUGGGAUCAGAUAUGUGGCCGAGGUUCAUAUCGUUCACUACAAUUCUAAAUACAAGAGCUACGAUAUAGCCCAGAGUGCACCGGAUGGCUUAGCUGUGCUGGCAGCCCUCAUCAAGGUCGAGGAUUACGGUGAAAACACGUACUACAGCACCUUCAUUUCUCAGUUGAACAACAUCAGGUAUCCAGGACAGAGCACAGUUCUGAGUGACCUUGACAUUCGGGACAUGCUCCCCAAGAACGUGCAUCACUAUUACAGCUACGAAGGGUCACUCACCACUCCUCCCUGUACUGAGAACGUCUACUGGUUUGUGCUGGCAAGUCCCAUCAUGUUCUCCAGGGCACAGGGUUGGAAGCUAGAGAAUUCCAUAUUGGAUCACCAGAACAACACCCUCCACAAUAUCUACCGCAUGACCCAGCCCCUGAACAACCGAGUGGUGGAAACCAACUUCAUGAAUCUCCCCAACGAGCGUUCUGAGUUCCAGCUUUACCUAACCAAGCUUGACAAUAAGCUCGAAGACUUGAAGAGUCUUCCUGAAAAGAAGAAAGCGAAGGAACACCACCAAGAGUAG